AUGGAUCCAAGUGAUUUCACCAACUCUGGUGGUAUCCUUUCCAAAUAUUCGCCAUCAAUUAAGUAUGACUUAUCUGGCACCGCCAUCUUUGUAAAACCUUGUUAAAUGUGAUAAAUUUUACAUCAAUUCUUCUGAAAAAUUAUUCGGUGGCUCUUGUUCUCGGAAAGUUGGGAGGGCAAUAGGACAAUUGGACGAUGAUGAUAUUUGACUACAACUACCAGAAUUCAUUUCGGUUCUGCUUUGUUACUUAAAUUUGUCAAUGCCGCUGAGGAUUAAAGAACAAUAGCCUUAAUUUGCACAAGAAAACAACAAACUCAAGGAUUCUGGUAGUUGUAGUAAAAUGAUGUCAUCGUGCAAUUGUCCAAUAGAGACAUCACAUGACGCAAGAAAACGUAUGGACAUGCCCUAUCUCUCGCAACUCCUUGUACGAAAAUGCAAUACAUUUGCAGGUUGCAGUCAAUUGUGAAAGUUUUAAGAAAGUGUUGGUGGGGGAAACACAUUAAUUAUGUUGCUAAGGCAAAUAUUCCCCACUUCAGAAAUUCAGGGAGAAUGGGUACAAGCUUUGGUUUCAUAGCCUGCUCCAGGCUCCGAGAUGGUGGUGGAAAGUCGUUCAGUAAUAAGAAAUGCGAAAAACGCGUGGGGGUUGGGGAGAGACAGGGCGGCCCCUUCCCCAAGUCGUGCGCGUCUUAUUUUCGCUUUGCUCGUUUUAAUACGUUCCCACUAUACUAUCUGAGAGCCUGGCACAGGCUAGUUUCAGUGAUGUAUGGGAUUCGUUUGGGUGGGCAAGCGUCAUUUAUGAUUGGUCGAUGGUAUUCAAGGCAACCAUUAACCAAUAAUAAGUAAGGCUUGUCCACCAAAACGAUUUCAGAAAUCAUUGGACCCAAAGCCUGUACCCAUACUCCUUUUCGUUUGUGGAGUGGGAAAUUACGUCACAACUCUCUUAACUGACACACGGUUUAGAAUGAUUUCACAGUAUAAAUUUUAAAUGCUUUUAAACGCUAUACAACUAGAUUUGUUGAAAACGUUUUUAUAGCCUUAAUACGGCAUAGAAACACGGUUGGCGGUUUCGCGGAUAAUCACGUGGACGACUGAGCCGAAAAGCGUAGACGUCAGAAAGGUAGGAAGCACUCGUGCCACCCGAAAUAAAGUGUAAACAGUAAUUUUUACCAAGACACGUGGGUGCCGGGUACUAGAAAUAAACUGGACUUAUCUUGAAGACCCGUGAACUACAUUGUUAGCAUCCCUGGCGACUAAGCUAUGAGUUCAGGGAGAUGCAGGUCCUAAGCGCUCAUAAAGAAUGCACUUCACAUUUCAUUAUCUCUGUCAGUUAACCCACUCAUGGAGUUUUCCAGCUUCUCUUUUUUCAAACCACAAGGUUGAGUACAAAAUUUUUGAUACGAAGUGAUGUGAUUGGUGUUCUCAUGCAAGAUAAACUUGUAUUUUUCAUCUGGCCUUAUUUUAAAAGUGAAAAUUUUGGAACUCGGAAGAACGUGGUUCUUGUCCACUGCAGUGGAGUGUUGAGCUAAAUUUAGUGAAGGCGCUUGCUCCUCGGAUGAUUAUUUUAUGUGACAGAGUUUUGUUUUCAAUUCAUUUUGACUGCUUCCUAAUUUGUCCCUAGGAAUCAGCGGCUGUCAUUGUGGCUUUGUUUGAGUUGAACACUCCAGAAUUCAGUAUGAUGCUAACAGUUCUACCCAAAUCUUUCCAG